AUGAUGCGCACAUCUGCCUCCUCCCUCCUGCGCGCUGGCGUUCGGGCCAGCAGCGUGCGCACCGUCGUACCCCGAGCUGCCGCCUCCACCCACGCCAUCUCCAACCCUACUCUAGCCAACAUUGAGAAGAGGUGGGAGGGCAUGCCCCCGACUGAGCAGGCCGAGGUUUGGAUGGCCCUGCGCGACCGUAUGAAGGAAAACUGGGCCGAGUUGACUCUGCAGGAGAAGAAGGCUGCCUACUGGAUCGCCUUCGGUGCUCACGGUCCCCGUGCUCAGCCCCCUGCCGACGAGAACCGCAAGGUUGCUCUAUACACUGCUAUCGGUGUCUUGGUUAGCUUAGGCAUCUUCACCGCAAUGCGCGCCUUCGCCGGCCCAGCUCCUUCGACUAUCAACAGGGAAUACGAGGAGGAGACUAACGAAUUCCUUAAGAGCCAACGCGCCGAACCCCUCACCGGUAUUUCGUCCGAGGGUUACUCAGGCAAGGGCCAAAUCCAGUCACCUCCCAAGCACUAA